AUGGCUGAAAGUGACUUUGAUAAAAAUAUCUUGAAAUGCCCCAAUUGUUCCUCUGCUCAGAAGGAUGUGCCUUGUGUAUGUACCUAUAAAACAACUCAGAUUGUAGUUCCGGACACAGAAAUAUCAGAGGCCUCAACUAUGAGUACUGUGGAGUUAAGAGGUCCAAAAGAGAAAAAGAAAGGGAAAAAAAAUUUAAAAGAGAACAUGCCUGUUGCAAAUUCGACCUCAAGAACCACACAUGUAGAGAGAAAAAUAUCUCAACAGUGGAAUCGGGUCCACAUUACAGAAGCAAAAGUUCCUCACAUAAGGCUAGAUAAUGGAGCUGCUAUUGAGGAAAUCUAUACCUUUGGCAGAAUAUUGGGGAAAGGUAGCUUUGGACUGGUCAUUGAAGCUACAGACAAGGAAAAAGGAACUAAAUGGGCAAUUAAAAAAGUGAACAAAGAGAAGGCUGGAAGCUCUGCUGUGAAGUUACUUGAACGGGAGGUGACCAUCCUAAAAAGUGUGAAACAUGAACACAUCAUACAUCUGGCACAAGUGUUUGAGACUCCUAAGGAAAUGUACCUUGUGAUGGAGCUUUGUGAGGAUGGUGAACUCAAAGAAAUUCUAUAUAAAAAAGGGCAUUUCUCUGAGAAUGAGACCAGGUGGAUUAUUCAGAGUCUUGCAUCAGCUAUUGCAUAUCUGCACAGUAAUGAUAUAGUACACAGAGAUCUGAAACUGGAAAAUGUAAUGGUUAAAAGCAGCUAUAUUGAUGAUAAAAAUGAAAUGAAUUUAAACAUUAAGGUGACCGACUUUGGCCUAGCAGUAAAGAAGCAUGGUAGAAACGAGCCUAUGCUGCAGACCACAUGUGGGACUCCUAUCUAUAUGGCCCCAGAAGUUAUCAAUGCCCAUGAUUAUAGCCAGCAGUGUGACAUUUGGAGCAUAGGUGUCAUCAUGUACAUUUUAUUAUGUGGAGAAGCACCCUUUUUGGCAAACUCAGAAGAUAAGCUCUUUGAAUUAAUAAGAAAAGGAGAACUGCAUUUUGAAUCUCCAAUCUGGGAUUCCAUCAGUGAAAGUGCAAAAAGUGUGUUGAAACAACUUAUGAAAGUAGAUCCUGCUCACAGAAUUACAGCUAAGGAGUUACUAGAUAACCAAUGGUUAACAGGCAAUACACUUUCUUCAGUGAGACAGACCAAUGUGUUAGAAAUGAUGAAAGAGUGGAAAAAUAACCCAGAAAGUGAUGAGGAAAGUAUAACAGAUCUAAAGAGUGAGUCUUCCAUUGAAGAAAAAUUGAAAAGUUACCAACUCAAGGAAAAUGACCCUAAUAUCAUUAGCCCUACAGAUGAAGAGGAAGAUAAUCAGGUAGCCACUGUUUCUGAAACUAAGAAGGAAAAUAUGGACAGCUUGAACAAUGUGUAUUCAACUUCCACAUCCAGCAAGUUCAGUCCAGCUGGAAGCAAGGGAGAAACAGAGAAACCCACUUUGGCUUCAGCCAAAAUCACUACUAAAAUCUUUGCCAUACCUAGAAUCAAAAAGAAACUCUAAGCUUCUCUUCAGUGUU